AUGCCUGCGUCGGGCAGAAGGAAGACGCCCCAGAGGCUGCAAUCGAGGGAGGCAUUUGCAUGUCCAGAAGCGGCUGCGCGUGUCGAGUCUCUUUUGGCCGCUGGCCUCAAGCCAUGGAGAACGUCGACGAACUUGCAAAUUGCACCUCUGGCUUGGAGCCUUGGACCGGUGGCUCGUUUGCCCUAUGUUGAAAGAUCUGCAUGGACGAUCUUGGACCGUUUCCAGAUAAAAGAACGUCGACAUUUGAUUCAGUUUGUUCGCACAAGCGCAGCUGAAUGUCGAAGACGACCUGUUAGACUAAGUCUUGCUGAAAUUCAGCCGGAGAUUCGAUGUAGCCAGCGUCCAAGACUCUAA